UUGCUCUCCACUUUCAUUUGUGCACUCAUCUCUUCACUUUCAUUUGCACUUGUUAUUUUUCCCACUUCAAUUUACGCUAACAAAACAUACUUUGCACGAGUUGAACAUGAACAUGAACAAGAUGAGUGGUCUUGGUGGAGUGGUGGCAAUUUUAAUGCUUUUACACUACGCAGAGGCACAGAGAGUGCACCAAGUUGGAGAUAGCCAGGGUUGGAGAGUUCCACAAGAUACCACCACAUACCAAAAUUGGGCUUCUAACCAGAAUUUCACUGUUGGAGACAUUCUAGCUUUUGAUUUCCAGACAGGGCGGCAUAAUGUAAUUGAAGUGUCCCGAGAUUCGUACAGUUCGUGCAAUUCAAAUAAUCCAAUAGGUUCAACAUGGAACACGGGCCCUAGUAACAUUACCCUAAAUAGAGGUGGUGAACAUUACUACAUUUGUGGCGUUGGUCAGCACUGUGCCAAUGGACAAAGGUUAGCCAUCAAUGUCUCAGGCUCUGCCUUGCCACCUUCCACCGCUAUUCCGCCGUCUUCCACCACCACUCCACUAUCACCUUCCUCUUCUGCGUCCACUUCUUUUCCAACUUUCAUUCACUUCCUCUUCUUCUCUGCGUUAGUCAUUGUGGCGUUUUAGAUAUAUGGACCAUAGCGUUACUACGUACCAUUUAUGUUUGUGACAUACUAUUUUGAUUUUUCAUUCACGUAUGCUUCUAUUUCACCUUCAUAUUUAUGUACACGAGUAUGUAGUAUUCUUCAGGAGUGGUUGAUCAAUAAAGAGUUUCUGUUUUGUAAGUUUAA